AUGGCGAAUGCCGAUAGCCAGAAGCCCCUCCAUGUUUACCACGCUGUCUUUCCACUCGCCAUAACAUCAACCACCGCCUCCGCUGGGCCCGGGUUUACUGAUAAGUCCGGACCAGUUUCUCCCGAUGGAGGAGGGAACGGCAACGGCAGCAGCAGUACUACGGUCCAGAUCGGACUGCCGCCAGCAAUAGUGGCCGGGAUCGUCAUCGGGGUUGUGGCCGGGACAGCCACCUCGACACCCGGGCUACCAGAGGACGGUAGCGGCGGCGUCAGCUACGACCCCUUUGCGCCGGGCCAAACCACCCCGGGGCUCUACGGCGGCGGCGACCCCAAAAUGCUCACAGCGGCGCCGGCGGUGGACCCCAUCGUUAGCAGGUGGCACUCGCCCGCGACAGUCGGGGCAUACGCGGCAACGGCCCGGUCUGCGAGCCCCUACGAUCUCGGCGACCCAAACACCCAGGGCGUGGAGCUCGUCGAGCAGAUGGGGCAGAUGGAGGCGGUGGUGGUGGACGACGGCGGUACCGCAACGACAUGGCCGCAGACGCAACCGCAACCGGAAGAGUACUACACGCCGCACAAGCCGAAUAUCCCGCCCGGCAAUGUCGAACUGGCCGAGCUCGAGUCGCACCCCGUGACUAGGGUUAGGGUGCCCGUCGAGAUCGACUCCAACCCUUCGGUCAUGUCCUACGAGCCCACGCCAGUCACGGCCGCGCCCUUCUCUGCCGCCACAACCUCGGUUUCCCCCCUGAGGAUUCCCGAACCAGCCGUGACAAUUAUUCCUCCACCUUCAGAUGGGGACAAUCGCCGCCACUUCUAG